AUGGAAUUCCCCGGAGUCUAUCUAGAAGACAUGGGUCUUCUAGCGCUCGGAACCCUUAAGCUCACUGAUAAAUCAUUGAGCUUUAAAUCUGAAAAAGGGGGAAGAUCGGUGACGGUUGCCGGCGACGAUAUCGAUGGUUUGAAGUGGCAAAAGCUGGGAAAUAAGCCUGGACUCCGUGUAGGCGUCAACGAUGGGAAUGUGCAUCGGUUUGGAGGGUUACAAGAUGCGGACCUGGAAAGACUGCAAAAAUUCACGGAUGCCCACUGGUCCCGACCCAUCGAACAAUCCAAUUUAUUCAUCAAAGGAUGGUCCUACGGUCAAGCAGAAGUCAAGGGCAGAAAUAUCGAAUUCUCGUGGGAGGACAAGCCGAUUUUCGAGAUUCCCUGCACAAAUGUUUCUAAUGUCACCGCCAACAAGAAUGAAGCCGUUCUAGAAUUCCAUCAAAAUGAUAAUGCUCAAAUCGCGCUGAUGGAGAUGAGGUUCCAUAUGCCAGUUGAUGCAGAAACUGAAGAAGACGUGGAUAAAGUGGAAGAAUUCAAAAAGGCAGUGCUGGCUUACGCUGGUCUGGAGGCGGAGACUGAGCAACCGAUUGUGCUCCUAACGGAUAUUUUGUGUACGACGCCACGUGGAAGAUAUGAUAUCAAGGUGUACCCGACGAGUAUUGCACUGCAUGGAAAGACUUAUGACUACAAGAUUCCUAUUAAAUCGAUCAAUCGGUUGUUCUUGGUGCCUCAUAAGGAUGGGCGGAGUGUGUUCUUUGUGCUUUCGUUGAAUCCACCGAUUCGGCAGGGGCAGACUAGAUAUAGUUAUUUGAUUAUGGAUUUCCCGAAGGAUGAGGAGCAAGAGUUGGAGUUGUCCCUGACUGACGAACAACUGGAAGAAAGCAAUGGGGCUCUGAAACGCACUAUGGACGGUCCCAUCUACAAAACCGUCUCCGUUGUUUUCAAAGCGAUUUGCAACCUCAAAAUCACGGAACCCGGACGCUUUAUCGGUCAUUCUGGCACCCCAGCCAUCCAAUGUACGCAUCGCCAGAAUCCAGGAUUACUGUACCCACUGGAAAAAGGAUUCUUGUUCAUCCAUAAGCCAGCAAUGUACCUUCGCUAUGAAGACGUUAGCUCGUGUCAUCUAGCAAGGUCUGAUGGGGGUACAGUAACCCGAACUGUGGAUUUCGAAGUGGAUAUGAAGUCAGGAGGACCUAUUAUCUUCAAUACAAUGGAGAAGGAGGAGAAUAACAAGUUGUUUGAUUAUUUGAGCAAGAAGAAUAUCAAAAUUCGGAAUCCGACGAGGGUGGACGCGAGGGCUGCCGAGUCCAGUGAUGAUGAAAUUGACCCUUAUAAGGCGGCGGUUAAGGCGGAAGGUCGCAAAAGGGAUGAAUCUGACGACGAUGAAUCCACUGACGAGGACUACGAUCUUGACAAGGAUCUCAAGGAUCGUAAGACCAAGGAGAAGGACUCGUCAGAAGGAUCAGCGUCAGAGCCAGAUGAUGAGUACGAUUCGGGAUCUGAGCAGGAUUCUAGUGGAACUGGAGAAUCCGAACCGGAUUCUGAGGAAGACGUGCCAUCGAAAAAGCGGAAAUCAGACCCUAAGGAGAAGAGGGAGAAGAAGGAGAAGAAAGAGAAAGAGGGAGGAAAGAAGGGAAAGAAGGAGAAGGAUCCGAAUGCGCCGAAACGAGCCCAAUCGGCGUACUUCCAUUGGUUCAAUGCGAAUCGGUUGUCGUUGAAGGAGGAUGGAGAUUCGGUGGCCGACGUGGCGAAGAAAGCUGGAGCCAAGUGGAAGACGUUGGGAGCGGAGGAUAAGAAGGAAUGGGAAGCGAAGGCGGAAAAAGACAAGACUCGAUAUGAGACCGAAAUGAAGGAGUAUCGGAAGAGCGGAGGCGGUGGAUCCUCCUCCUCCAAACCAACGACGUCUUCUAAGAAGUCAUCUGGACCAUCGACGUCGAAGGCCAUCUCCAAGGAAUAUAUCAGUGAUUCUGAUGAUUCUGACGAGGAGGAGAAGCCGAAGAAGAAGGAGAAGAAGGCGGCGCCGAAGGAGGAGUCGGAGGAUGAAGAGGAAGAAUCGGAAGCUUCUGAUGCAUCGGAUUCGGAUUAA